AUGGCAUAUCACAUAGAAGGAGUGCCAGAGGUUGUGAAGGGUGUAGACCUAAAGAGAUACAUGGGUCGUUGGUACGAGAUUGCUUCAUUCCCUUCAUUUUUUCAGCCUGCAAAUGGCGUGAACACUAGAGCCACCUACACUCUAAAUAGUGAUGGAACUGUUCAUGUUCUCAACGAGACAUGGAAUGAUGGGAAAAGAAACUCCAUAGAAGGAACUGCUUAUAAGGCUGACCCUAAUAGCGAUGAAGCCAAACUCAAGGUCAAAUUCAUUGUUCCUCCAUUCUUGCCAAUCAUUCCUGUCCUUGGAAAUUACUGGAUUUUGUACCUUGAUCCAUAUUAUCACUACGCUCUCAUUGGUGAACCUACUAGGGAAUUUCUUUGGAUACUAUGCAGAGAGAAUCAUUUGAAUGAUGAAAUCUAUAGCCAAGUUGUUUACAAAGCUGUUCUUCAAGGGUAUGAUGUGAGGAAAUUGCACAAGACUCCACAAACUAAUCCUCCACCUCAGUAA